AUGUUUGUCUUAGAAAUUCGUCUUGUGUACAUUAUCUUAUUUUCAUCUUUUUCUUCUUCUUUUUCUUUUUUUUUUUUUCUUCUUCUUUUUCUUCUUUUUUCUUCUUUUUUUUCUGGUACCCGUAACUUAGCGUUAGGUCUGAAUUCAAGAUUAUCAUUUUGUCAAACCAACAAAUUCCAGGCAGUAUUCAAAGGUCCUGACAACAAGCAGUAUUACUUUAGAGACCAUGGCAUAUUUGUUGUGAAUAAAAAUCAAGUUUCGUCAAUCCACAGACAAACGAUCUUUCCUAACAGCCCUUAUUUUGUGGACGCUAUGACUUAUUCUCAACGGACAGGAAGGGCUUAUUUAUUUAAAAAUCGCCAAGUUUGGAUUUACAAAUAUCGUGGAAAUAAAUUUACGCAUCUCCAGACCAAAAGAUUGGAUCGAAUAGUUCCCAACAUCCUUGAUUCUGCUUUUUUCUAUCAAGGAUCCAUUUAUUUGCUUAAGGAUGGCUAUCUUUAUGCUUGGGACGAAGGCAAAAACACUGUUACUCCUCAUCACAUAUUUUCCAUCAGUUACUUCUGGAAAGAUGUCCCCGAAAAGAUCGAUGCUGUUAUGCAAGGUGAAAAUAGCAAAGAGACAGUGUUCUGGAAAUGGCAACCAAUACAUAAGAUGCAGUACUACUUAUUCGACAACAUAGCAAGAAAAAUGGUUAAGAGUGGUUCAUUUGCUUCCUUCUUCCCUUUCUGUUCUUCGUAG